GAACACCAACAUUAAAAAGUUUGUUUUUUAUAUUUAAUUUUUUGAUUACGGCAACAUUGUAUCGAAUUUUUUCUCUCUUGUUCGUUCUCCCUCCAAUAAACGGUCACGUUUCUCCGUAGCUCCUGGAUUUUUAUUUUUACCAGCCUAAAUCUACAGUCCGCUAUAAUUCACAGUUUACAUUUUUAUUCAUGGUCCUUUCUCGAUCAGUAAAUAUCCGCGAGUUAAUUGUAGGAGUGGUGUGCAGUAUACAAUUUCAAAUCCACGUCGCGUGCCUAUGAACGACGGCGCGGGAAGACGCCAUCACAGCCACCGGAGUGACGGCAGUGUUCAACAAUCAAUAUUGUUGAUCAAUUUGCGGAAGGAGCGAGCAAGGGCAGCUUACAGGCAAGCUUGUUGCCAUACAACAGGCAAGCAGGAAGUUUUUUCCAUACCUACAUUGCAAAUUUUACUUUGUAUUUGCCACAAUUUUAUUUGGCGGCAAUUCCACGUUCAAUUCAUAUCCUGUGCGACGACACGUUCGCCUCAUUGAUUGGUGCGAUCAAGUUGCCAACUUUCGACACGACAAGCAAUUGGCGCUGUUGUACCGGCGUGCACGCGUGUCAUUGGUCCGAUGCGCCGUGCCAAACACGACGAGUCUACGACAACAGUGAACAACGCCCGCCAUUUUGUGUCAUCAGCAAGUCAAAGCUUUGAUAUUGUGUUUACAUUUCGAAAAUAAAUAAAAUUUGUUCCGCUUUUGUGAUUUAGAUCAGUGCAAAUUUACUACUUACGUGCAAAAAAGUGUUUUCACCGUCUCAACCUCGUCUCAACUAAAAAACAACCAUGCCAAAAGAUAACUUCGAGCCCGCGGUUGCCGAGACCUAUGACUUGGCUACUCUUCGACGUAAACGCGCGGCUGUUAAGGGUGUGAUCACUAAAAUGCAUAACGCCCUAACUGAUCCAAGUACUUCUGAAUUAUUGGAUGAACAUGCCUUGCGCGUCAGGGAGGAACGCCUGCGAGCUUCAUUUUCUAAGUGGGAGGAUUUAUGCCUCGAGAUUAUUGCGAGGGACCCCGAUGACCCUGAGGAUGAAGUUGAAAAGAAGCGAGCUUUAGCGCUUGAGAAUGUGGAACGAGAUAAAGUGUCAUCGGCUCCAAAAGCUGUCCACAUAGCUACUGUGAAGAAGUUACAGCCUGCCAGCACUGAAAAGAAGAGCUGUUUACUUUGUGUUGCUGCCGCCUGAGUCACAAUACAACCAUGCAGGGCAUGCGGCUUCAUCUCCAUUACUUAAUACAAAAUUUGGUCAUGUAGUUGCAGGUAGCAUACACUUAGACAAUAUUAAUUUAAGACACACACAAGCGGUUAAUUCCUUAUUUUGUGAAGCAUGUACUUCUAGUUUAAAUCAAACACUAUCGGAAUUUUGGCAAUGUGAAAAGGUUCCUGAAACAUUUACAGAAACACAUUCUGAACAUGAAUUGUGUGAAAAAAUAUUUUUAGAAAAUAUUCAGCUUGACAGACAAAACAAUAAAUUGCAAGUUGUUUUGCCUUUAAAACAGCCUUUAGAUUCUAUUAAUCAAUCUUUAGGAGAUUCAUUACAUUUGGCUUUGAAAAGAUUUUAUAAUUUAGAAGUUAGACUUGGUAAAGACCCUAGUCUUUAUAAACUAUAUUCAGAUUUUAUUAAUGAAUAUUUAAAACAAGGUCAUGGUACGGUCAUUGAUAUCAGUCAAUACAAUUUAACAACUGAUCCAGUGUACUUCUUACCGCACCAUCCUGUUAUUAAUUUACAAAAGAAAACGACAAAAUGUCGAGUUGUUAUGGAUGGUUCUAUGAAAACCAGUAAUAAGACUUCUUUAAACAAUUUAUUGCUUAAUGGACCUGUAGUACAAAAGGAACUUGUUGAUGUUUUGUUACUAUUCAGAAUAGAUUUUUAUUUCUUCAUAACAGACAUAAAGAACAUGUUUCGCAACAUAUUGUUACAUCCAAAAUACAGGUCUUUGCAAAAUAUUCUAUGGAGAGAUAAUCCCAAUGAUAGUGUUCAAUGCAUUCAACUAAACACUGUCACAUAUGGGUUGAAAAGUUCAUCUUACUUAGCAACUAGGUGUUUAAAAUGGUUAGCUGAGCUAUACAAGGAUGACUUCCCAUUGGCUGCAUUCAUAAUUAAUAAUUGCACAUAUGUCGAUGACAUUCUAUUUUCUAAUUGUUCCUCUGAUAACUUGAUAGAGGCCCGAGAGCAACUAUGUAAAUUGUUGAGUCUAGGCAGUUUUCAGUUACAUAAGUGGGUGUCUAACUCAAAAGAAUUAUUACAGGACAUCCCACAAGAUAGACAACAUUUUGAUGAGAUAGAUUUACAAGCAAACAACCAUUCAUUAAAGACUUUAGGCAUGUGUUACAAUACUCAGUCAGAUUCUUUUAUAGUGUCAAGUCCUAAAGCUACGGGUAAUAUGCCCCAGUCUAAACGUGAGAUUCUUAGUUUUAUUAGCCAGUUUUUUGAUCCCUUAGGCCUUGCUGGGCCCAUUGUGGUAGGUGCUAAAGUGAUUAUGCAACGUCUGUGGAAGGCUAAAUUAGACUGGGAUUCGUUACCUGAUAAGGAGUUGCUACAAGCAUGGCAUGAGUUUUACACUAGCUUAAUUUCUAUGAAACCAUUAAUCAUAGAGCGUUACAUAAGUUUGCAUAAUAUUAGCUUUGCCGAAAUUAUUGGGUUUGCCGAUGCUUCCAGCAUCACUGCUUAUGGCUGUUGUGUAUAUUUAAGAUGUGUUGAUGAGGCAGCUAAUGUUAAGAUUUCCUUGUUAUGCUCGAAAUCUCGUAUAAAUCCUACUUCACAAAGUUUAUCUAUACCAAGACUGGAGCUUAACGCUGCCUUGCUGCUCGCUAAGUUAGUGAGCAGAAUCCAUGAAACAAUAUCAGUAAAAAUAAAAAUACAAAAUGUGUUCCUUUAUUCAGAUUCACAAAUUGUUUUAGCUUGGCUUAAAACUAACAUAAAUACAUUAAAAGCGUAUGUAGCAAAUCGUGUUAAAGCUAUUAUGCAACUUACACAAACACACACUUGGUCAUAUGUUAGCUCGCAGGAGAAUCCAGCUGAUUGUCUUAGCAGAGGUGUGACACCUCACGAGCUAGCUGAUCACCCCCUCUGGUGGAGGGGACCAAAAUUUUUACAUUCAAGUGAGUAUAAACCAAAUUUUAAUUUUUCAAUACCACAAGAAUUACCUGAGGUCAAGGACUCUUCCGCAUGCUUGAGCGCUAUGGUUUGUGUUUCUACUUCUAUUGUUUCUAAAACAUUAUGUCUGGAUUUUCUAGAUAAAUUUUCGGAUAUUAAUAAGAUGCAAAGAGUGAUAGCUUAUGUCCUACGCUUCUGUCAAAAUGCAAGGUCCAAGGGUAUUAAAAAUAAGCUUAAUUAUGUAACCAGUCAGGAACUUAACAAUUCUUUGUUAAUUAUUUUAAUGUAUGAACAACAAAAGUUUCUGAAGGAUGAUAUCCAUGCUUUAAGGUGUGGUAAGGCCAUUGUUAAAGGCAAUUUAAAAUCUCUUUGUCCUUUUAUUGAUGACAGUGGUUUGCUGCGGGUUGGAGGGCGCUUGCAUAAUGCUGAUAUACCAUAUUCGCAGAAGCAUCCAAUUAUUUUGCCGCGAGAUUCGCGCGUCACUAACCUAAUAAUUCAUAGCGAGCACUUGAGGAACCUCCAUGCAGGCCCUAAGUUGACUCUGUCAUCACUAAGGCAAAGAUUCUGGAUAAUACAUGGUCUUAGAGAAGUUAAGAAAGUUUUGUACAGGUGUACCAUUUGUUUUAGAUUAAAAGCAGAAGCUUCUAAGCAAUUAAUGGGCUCUUUGCCGCCUGAUAGGGUGAAAGCAUGUCGCGCCUUUCAAAAAGUCGGUUUGGAUUAUACUGGUGCAAUAUCAUUGAAAAUUGCUAGAGUAAGAAAGCCAAUAAUCACAAAGGGUUAUGUUUGCGUGUUUGUAUGCUUUGUAACCAAAGCAAUGCACUUAGAGCUUGCUUCAGACUUAAAAACAGAGACUUUCAUUGCAUGUUUAAACAGGUUUAUUGCCAGAAGAGGGCUGCCUACUGCCAUAUACAGCGACAAUGCUUCAACCUUCAGGUGUGCAGGGAAGCAGUUAGAUGAUAUGUACAAAUUACAUAAUUCUACAGAACAUCAAAGAUUAAUUUCUCAAUUUGCAGCUCAAAAGAGAAUUGAAUUUCAUUACUUACCUUGUUAUUCCCCAACGUUUGCCGGUUUAGCCGAAAGCGGUGUGAAAAGUUGUAAGAAUUUGUUAAAAAGAGUGUUAUUAAAGUCAAUUUUAACCUAUGAAGAAUUGUAUACAGUUUUAUGCCAAAUUGAGGCUAUCUUAAAUAGUAGGCCUCUAAUGCCACUAUCUAAUGAUGUAACUGACUUUUCCUGCAUUACUCCAGGGCAUUUUUUGAUAGGUACAGCUUUAAAUACAUACCCAGAUGCAAAUGUUACUAUGAUUACUAGAUCUCAAUUUUGGAAAAUAUGUAAUGAGAUGAAAUUAGAAUUCUGGAAAAGAUGGAGUAAGCAUUAUUUGAAUUUUUUACAAUGUCGUCCAAAGUGGCUGACCUCUCAACCAAAUGUAAAAAUAGGUUCGCUUGUAAUACUUAAGGAUGAUAAUUUAUCACCAAUGUACUGGCCCUUAGCCAGAGUAAUUAAUACCUAUCCUGGUGAUGAUGGUAGGGUUCGUGUGGUUGAAGUAAAAACUUCAAACGGCCACAUACAUAGAAGAGCUGUAGUGAAAAUAUGUGUACUACCGCUUGAUAGUGAUGAUGGUAGCAGCUGUGCCUAGAGGUGUUCCUUACCAAUCCCAAGAUAUGUGUUUACUAUCGUAGGGCUAGGCACAGCACCAGCCUUUAUGUACAAUUUUGUAUAAGUAUUAAUAGUAAAUAACUCUUUUCUUAUUUUAGUAGAAUAAGCUACAGGUAAUAGUGUUUUAUAUAGCAAACAUAACAAUGUAAGUUUCUCAACAAAAAAAUGUUUGCAUAUUUUUUAAGACAUUUAAUGUUUUCAAUAUGUUAUGUCAAUACCGUUCCUAUUUAUUUAGAUAUCAGUUAAGUGUCUGAUUAAAACCUGUACUCAAUAAUUUGGUUAAAUUUACAAUUCAUAGUGUAUGCGUACAUACUACUUACAGAAAGUUAAAUUUUAUUCUAUGUACUAAGGUUUAAUGUCAUUCUAUAAAGUGUAAUAUUUAUAGUUUGAAAAUAUUCUCAUUGUAUCUUUUGUUUGCCCCGGCAAUAUGUUGGAACACCAACAUUAAAAAGUUUGUUUUUUAUAUUUAAUUUUUUGAUUACGGCAACAUUGUAUCGAAUUUUUUCUCUCUUGUUCGUUCUCCCUCCAAUAAACGGUCACGUUUCUCCGUA